AUGUCGCUAUUCAUAAACCCGUAUGCUUCCCAGGAAGUUGACGAGCAACGGAUGGAAAUGGCACAGGUCCAGUUCGACGCCAUGGCUACAUCUUUCAACGCAAUGCUGCGAAGCUGCAUGAAGAAAUGCAUUCCGCACGAAUAUGGUGAGGCGGAUCUAAAUAAGGGCGAAAUGUGUUGCAUUGAUCGUUGUAUAGCCAAGGUGCAUUUUGCUAACCGUUUGGUCGGCGGUUUGGCGCAGGCUCGCAAUGUGGGACCAGACCAUCUGAAACACUACGAGCAAUUCAAAAAGCAAUAG